AUGUCCUACACUUCUAGUCUUUACCACACCUGUUGUUCCAGCAAUGGCCACGAGAGGCCGCGUCUGACCCCAUCGGAGAAAUUGUCAGUCAAAUUGCAAAAAAUAGCUGCUGAUAUGUUUCCUAUGGAGGCGGCAUUAUUUGUCCCCACAGGAAUGAUAAGUAAUCUGGUGGCAGUUAUGGUGCAGUGCAGAGAGCGUGGAGAUUAAAUGAUAGUAGGUGACUCACAUACUCAUAUCUACAAACAGGGAGGAAGUGCGCAGCUUGCAGGCAUCCAUUCUGCAACAGUAACUACACUUGCUGACAGCACCUUCGACCUAGACCAGCUGAUCUCCAAGAUCCAUCAGGGUUGCCCUGACCACCACUACCCACGCUCUUGCCUGGUGUGUGUGGAAAAAACGCACAAUAUUCAGGGAGGGCGAGUCCUCCCACUUUCGUUCCUGCAGGAGGUUCGCCCUGUGGCUGAUCAGUAUGGUCUGAAUUUGCAUAUGGAUGGAGCAAGGGUGAUGAAUGCAGCUGUGUCUCAGGGUCCCUCUGUUAUAAUGCAGCACUGCCAAUCUGUGAGUGUGUGUCUGUCCAAGGGACUGGCGGAACCUAUGGGAACCAUGCUUGUUUGGUCAAAAGAUUUCAUACAAAGAGCAGCUCGUGCCCACAAGGUGCUUGGCGGAGGAAUGUGCCAGCCAGUCAUCUUGGCAGCAGCUCAUAAGAUUUCCCUGUCAGACAUGAUUGGCAGACUGGAAGAGGACCACAAGAAGGCCAAACACUUUGCUCAAGCACUGCUACAGUGUGAACCACCUCUGUACCAGGUGGAACUUGUCACUGUAGAAACCAACAUUCUGAGGUUCCACCUGCUGGACCACAAGAUGAGCCCAACAGAGUUCUGUGAGUGGAUGGCAGGUGUGGAUGAGGAGGAGGUGAAGGCCCUGGGACAGGGGGUAUGGAUGCUAAUGUGCCCAUAUGGUGGGGGCACCAUCAGGGCUGUAUGGCAUUUGGGCAUCAGUGAGGAAGUGCUGGCUAUACAGAAGGCUCAGUUUGUGGCCCAACAGCACAGGGUAAAGUCUGUCAAGGCAACAUUAGAACAACCAUAUUUGACCACAGUGGUUUUGUAG